AUGGCAUGCCUGGUGCUGACGGGGGCCACUGUGCCGUUCAAUGAGCUUGUUAGUGGUAUAACUCCUGGGGUUGUGAGGGUGCUGAAUUCCAAGGGGAUUGGUGCGAUCGAAAUGCAGUACGGUCACGCAAAAGCAGCGUUCGAAAACGGACCGGGGAGGCUGCAAUCGGUCGCGGGGUUUGCAUUUGCUGAUUUGACUGAAAAGAUCCAAAACGCCAGCAUUGUUAUUUCCCACGCAGGAACAGGCUCUAUAUUGGACGUACUACGAGGACACCCCGGGAUCCCGCUAAUUGUCGUUCCAAACGAGAGUUUAAUGGACAACCAUCAGCUAGAAGUCGCCAACCAGUUCGAGCCGGAUUAUUUAUGUGUUUCCAGAGUCGGCGACCUCGAAACCACCAUCGGCCGGGCGUUGAACCACACAUUCAAACGUCUGCCAGCCCCUAAAAGCCUGGACGCAGUUAUCUCACAAUUACAUUGA